AUUGAACUGAAUGCCAAAUUGAGGAGAACAGAAAUACUCUAUGCAAUUGUCUUAGGGCUAAAUAAUAAUUCUUACUUUUGUGUAUAGUUAUUAGUUAUUUAUAGAUUGUUACUGCUCUCUGCUCUUUUUGUGAAGAUAAUUGCUGUUCACCUUGAAUUCAUUUUUAAACCAUGAUCCUUCAGAGACAAGCCCACAGGAACUUUAUUUUAUUUGAGUAUAACUAUGCUCACUGUGUCACUCUGCUAGACCAACUUGGUCAGAAGAAGCUCCAGGCUAUGCUGCCCAGGCUGGACCUUCAGUAGAGUCUUCAAUCUCAUGUGAGGCACAGUGCAGCCUUGCAGAUUGCACAAACAUCAAGCACUAUCCUGUUAAGGGGCUACUUUGGAAGAGUUUCCAGAGCUCCUUCAACUUCAAGUAAAGAAGAAGUAUUCUUCUCGGAAGCUCUCAUAUCAGUGGUUUAUUCUAAUUAAAUAAUAAAUCAUAUUAUGUUUUUGCUUUCACUUCAAAUUUCAAUGAAUGAAAAUGUCAACUCUACUCUCUCUGAAAUGGAAUCACCACCACUCUACAUUUGUUUCAGUUUUUAGUGCUUUAAAAUCAAAGGAUCUCCUCUGUGAUGUGAGUGUUGUGUGUGGUACACGCAUCUUCCCAGCCCACAAACUGGUUCUCGCAGCAAGCAGUCCUUUCUUCCAACAAAUACUGGCACAACAGUCGCAAUGCACGCAACCUCUCAACAUGAUGAUAGUUCUGCAGGAUGUUGACAGUGGAGAUUUUGAAGCAUUAUUGGACUACAUGUACAAGGGAGAGGCAUCGGUCGCACAGAAUGCUCUGUCUGGCCUCAUCCGCACCGCUGAGCAGCUACAGAUCAGAGGCCUGGCUACUGGUGACUCUGUUGCUCAGCUCGUGAGGGAUAAUGACAUCAUGCUGGCGUCAUGCUUCAACUCCCUUCAUUAUUCAAGACAUCCUGAUGGCGUAUCUGCUGGUCAAAAGUCAAGAGUACAUCCAAUUUCCAAGAAAGUUGCUUCUAUAAAUUCUUCCAUUUCACAAAAGGACUCUUCUUAUGAUAGCGUAACCAACGACAAAGUUCCUAUUCCUAUCUCCUCCAAUGAACGUGUUAAUUGCAUUGAUAAUCGUCAGAUGUAUGGUACUGAAGAUAGUGAAGUGAAAGAAGAUACUUUGCACUGUCCUGAUAAUGAGGAAAUAGACACAGAGCCUUUUGAAGAGACCUGUCAAGAUUCAGAUGGAAGACUUCCCCUACCAGCAACAACUGCCUCUGAUGGUCAAUGCGAUGGUUCACUUGCUAGCAAACAAAUUAAAGACAAGGAAAGCAAUAACUACAAUAAGGCUAAGAAGAGAAGUUUGUCAGACUCUUCAGGGCUGUCUAAACCAGAACUUUUCAAGCAUCGAAGGCAUAGAACAUUUGAAGAAGUGAACUUUCCUCGCGACAAUGAAUCUUUUAAUCCUGAUUAUUCUGCUGCACCUUCACGUGGUUGUGGAGAUGCAGUUAUGACCGAAGUGGAUUAUACUGCAGUAAAGACGGAACCUCUGCACAUUGAAAGAGAUGAAGAAUCUGCCAAGGCUUCUGAAGCUUACACAUCUCAAGACGAUGAUGCUGCCCGGGGAGAAGCAUUCGACGACCAAAAGGAUUUCGCUGCUACACAAGGUCUCCGCCCAAAAGAAGAAGACCAGGGUUCUUGGGAGUUGUCAACGACAGUGCCUGCCGUCGACACACCCACUAUCGACACCGGCGAGGACCGCGGCCUCACUGCUCUCUUAUCCCUCGCGUUCUCUAAUAAAUACAUCGGUGCGACAGAAUCAUCUGAGGCGGACCCAAGCACUGCGAACUCUUCUAAUCCAGCGUCACGGCUUUCCAAGCAAACCAGAAAUACAAACCUUAACAGUACCAAUGAUUUGGGAGACACGACAUCCAAUAAAUCGCAUGAAUUUCUCCAUUUUAUUAGCUCUAGUGACACUAGUUGCAAUAACCCCUCAAGGAUCAUAGACUUGACAGCUGCCGACACUGAAGAUGGCUACGCAGUGGGCGACUCUUGGAGUCACUCAUUAUUCAAGCCCCAGAACCAGGACGACGAUCUAAAUUCCCUGCAAUCAGACCUCGCUCCCGAAGGUGGGAUGGGCCCAGAAACAAGCGACGGAGUCUACCAGUGCCAGGUUUGUUCGUACCGCAGCCACAAGAGGUGGGACUUCAUGAACCAUGUUCGUAUCCACACCGGGGAGAAGCCCUUCACAUGUCCCUACUGCCCGCAUCGCUCCGCCCUCAAGAAUAACAUGCGCAGGCACAUCAUGCUUAAGCACAAACUUCCUUUCCUCCAGUGAACAGGCACUCUGUUAAAGAUGGCUGCGCAACUUGUUUAGUUUAUGCGUUAAAAAUUUUUUGUAAGAAAGGAAGAAAAAGUUGAGCGUUUUGUUAAAACUCACUCAAUAAUAUAAUUGUGUAUCGUUUUAGUACUAUUUAGAACUUGAUUUGACUCGAUUUGUAUUAAACUGUAAGUAUAUAAAGCGUGUACCAUUUUAAUACAAUAUCGGAGUUGAUGUUAUUAAAACAACAAAACUGAGAGCGGCGUUCAAAUCCUGCAAUUUAUUUACUAUUUAAUACAACUUUACGGAAUUAAUCAGUAACCUUUGGAACUUGUGGACAUGGGUUAGGCAUUGUAUUUGACCCGUUUUAUGCAUGUAACUACAAAAUCAGCUGCCAUGUACUUAUUACGCUAGCAGCAACUUAAUAAAACCAAAAUUCAGACAGCUAGAAAAAAAUUGUUAUUCAUACCCGCGUUGUGACAUUAAUUGUGCAUUCUAUAGAGUUAUAAAAACCUUCGGCGUUGGAAAUUUCUAAUAAAGAAUCUUUCUCCUUGGGUUUAUUGGAGUUGCUCUUCCCAGUUUAGAGCUGAAAUGUAGUGCACGAUAUUUUGUAUGGGACAAUUUUUUUACCGGUAUUCAUUAUUAAUUUAUCAACUUAGCAACAGUGAAAUGGCAGUUCAGGAAUGAAUGUACAGAUAAACACAUCUAAAAUAUCGGUACAGUUUUAUUAGACAUCUCAAUAAAUGCACCCUGUACCACUCACUACAAAGUUAUCACAUCCAUGGUGAAAUUUUCCGUUCACCCUGUAUUUAG